AUGAAACCUUAUUUGGAUGACGAUAAAAGCUAUUUCCAUAAUCUGGUAAAUUAUACAGAUUCGGAAGAUUCUGAUGAAUUUGAAAACAAUAGCAAUUCUAUCCGAGAAGAUUGUAUAUCACCGGAUCCUGUUGAUUUUGAAAACAAUAGCAAUUCUUGCCGAGAAGAUUGUAUGACACCGGAUCCUGUUGAUUUUGAAAACAAUAGCAAUUCUAUCCGAGAAGAUUGUAUAACACCGGAUCCUGAUGAUUUUGAAAACUGUAACACAUCUAUCCGAGAAGAUUGUAUAUCAUUGGAUCCUGUUGAUUUUGAAAACUAUAGCAAUUCUAUCCGAGAAGAUUACUUAUCACCGGAUCCUGCGGAAUGUGAAAAGUAUCCCAAGUCUGUCCAAAAAUAUUGCCCCUCUCCUGAUCUAGCUACCGAAGACGAUACCAUUCGCAAACAUAUUAAUGCGAUCAAGAAAAUUAGGAAAAUUUCGAAAGAGGGUUUAUUAGUACAAGCUACAAAGAUGAAAAGAGGUAGCGACAAAAAACUAAAACCUGGAGAAAUUGGUGAUUCCGUAUUAAUGCCAAUUCCACCAGUCGAUCAGGGGAGACUGGAUCAUAAAAUGCUAUUGGGGAAUAGCGUUUUCAAGUUUGUUAACGUUGUUUACUCGAUGAAUAUACUAUCCAAGCUUCUCUAUAUCUAA